ACAGUCAUGUAGUCGCAUGGUGCUGAUGUGAGAAAACCCGAUUUUACGCUGUUUGCACGAGCUGUACGGAGCCACGCCGGGUGGAAAUGAUUUUCGCCGACGACGUGGGAGACGUUUAACCUUCACGUCCACCAGAGGCUCGGUGCAUACAUAUUUGAAAACAUGCUCGAAUGUUUGUGGAGAUAGCGGAAUUGCUGUGUUGCAAGCGGGAAUGAGCUCGUAGAGGGAGGAGCGCUUCGCUCGGUUCGGAGAUGAUGAUGAUGGUGGUGGCAGAGGGAUCUGGAGGAUGCGGCAGACGCGAAUUUCACCGUUUCCUGAAAGGUUGAUGGCAACUGGUGGAUGUUAAAGCGAAGGGCGCCGAGGUUCAAUCAGCUGAAAUCGGAACGCCGUAAUGAGCGUCCAGCGAAAUGCAUUGAGUUCCAAGUCAAACUAGGUGGAAAAUGUCAGAGCGGAAAGGGCCGACAGUCGUGGACCAGAGAGGUCAAGGUGUGUGAUGAAUCUAGACAGGGAUUCAUUCAUUCAUGAUUUCUCUAUGCAGUUAGAGGAAUUAGAGGAUGCAUAUGCAUUUUAAAAUACAUGGACAUGUUUAAUGUGCAUUUAAAUGGCACUAAGUAUUAGUAGUGCGCCUCAAACCUGUAUUAAAAAAAAUAUCAAAGCAAUUUCUAAUUUGGCUUAGACUUCAUAGAACACCGAUCAAUAUGAUGUGUGAAGUGAUGCCAACCAUAAAUGAGGGGGACUCGGUGAGUUCCCAGAGAGGCUCUCAGAACAGCACGGAUGCCGAGUCUAAUUUUGAACAGCUGAUGGUGAAUAUGUUGGAUGAGAGAGAUAAGCUGCUGGAGUCUUUACGGGAGACACAGGAGACCCUCAUCCAGUCGCAGACCAAACUCCAGGAUGUGCUUCACGAGAGAGAUGUGCUUCAGAGACAGCUUAAUUCCGCGCUACCGCAGGAGUUUGCUACCCUGACUAAGGAGCUGAAUUUGUGUCGAGAGCAGCUUCUAGAAAAAGAGGAGGAGAUAUCUGAGCUUAAAGCAGAGAGGAAUAAUACCAGGCUUCUUUUGGAGCACUUAGAGUGUCUGGUGUCACGUCACGAGCGUUCGCUGAGGAUGACUGUGGUGAAGAGGCAGGCUCCUCCACCGUCCGGGGUUUCCAGUGAGGUGGAGGUGCUCAAGGCUCUGAAAUCCCUCUUUGAGCAUCAUAAAGCUCUGGAUGAAAAAGUGCGUGAAAGGUUACGGGUGGCUCUUGAAAGGGUGACUACAUUAGAAGGACAGCUGACAGCCGCCACUCAGGAGGUGGUCAUGUCGAGACAGAGAAAGGAUGGACAAGCGGAUGGGGAUUCUGUGGACAGAAUGGACAGCUCUAAACCUACAUGGAAGAGGCUUCCCAAUGGUUCCAUCGAUGUCCAUGAUGACACCAGCAGGUGUCUGGAGCUGCAGGAACUGUUGGAUAAGGCCAAUAAGGAGCUGGCCCAAAACAGAGAGCGGAUCAGCGGCCUGACCAAUCGCAUGUCUGAGCUAGAGACUGAACUGGCUAUGGCCCGCAAAGACCUAUUGAAGAACGAGGAGCUGAGCACCAAACACCAGAGGGACAUACGGGAGGCGAUGGCACAGAAGGAGGACAUGGAAGAGCGAAUCACAACGUUAGAAAAGCGUUACCUGGCCGCUCAGAGAGAAACCACCUCAAUCCAUGACCUGAACGACAAGCUAGAGAACGAGCUGGCCACCAAGGACUCACUUUACCGACAGGCGGAGGAGCGUCAUGGAAACAUUGAGGAGCGUUUGCGCCAACUGGAGGCCCAGCUAGAAGAGAAGAACCAAGAACUGGGCAGGGCUCGGCAGAGGGAGAAGAUGAACGAGGAGCAUAACAAACGUCUGUCUGACACUGUGGACCGUCUCCUCACCGAGUCCAAUGAACGGCUUCAGCUGCACCUGAAGGAGCGCAUGGCUGCGCUGGAGGACAAGAAUGCACUCAUCCAUGACCUGGAGAAUUCCCAAAAACAACUGGAAGAGUUCCAUCACAACAAGGAGAGGCUUAUUGGUGAGAUUGAGAAGUUACGGGCUGAACUCGAUCAUCUGAAGCGCAGGAGCGGGGCAUUUGGAGACGGAACACAUCCUAGGUCUCAUGUUGGCAGUGCCACAGACCUGCGCUUCUCAGUGGUGGAAGGUCAGGGGGAUCACUACUCCUCCACAGGGGUCAUACGACGGGCUCAGAAAGGUCGACUGGUGGCACUCAGGGAUGAACCCACAAAGAUCCUGCCAAUGGUGGAGCAGGAUUGGGAUCGCUCUCAGCCUUCCAGCUUGCGGGCCAGCCGUACUCACCUGAUGGGAAGCGACACUGAGCUGUCUGACCUGGACGAUGAAGACCGCGAGACCAUAUUCAGCUCAGCCGAUAUGCUGUCCCCCAGCGGGCACUCAGACGCCCAGACGCUUGCCCUCAUGCUACAAGAACAGCUAGAUGCCAUCAAUGAAGAGAUCAGAAUGAUCCAGGUAGAGAGGGAAUCAGCGGAGCUCCGGGCAGAUGAGAUUGAGAGUCGGGUGAACAGCGGCAGCAUGGAUGGCCUCAACGUGACACUGCGGCCACGCUCCUCCAUCCCCACCUCCGUCACCGCCCUUUCUCUGGCCAGUUCAUCACCUCCCGUUAGCGGCCGAUCCACACCCAAACUGACAUCCGGUUCAGCGGCCCACGAAUUGGGCAUCAUGACCUUGCCUAGUGAUUUAAGGAAACAUCGCAGGCGAGUGGCUUCCCCUGUGGAGGCCCGAGAGGACAAGACCACCAUCAAGUGUGAGACGUCGCCCCCUUCCUCCCCCCGCAGUCUCAGACUAGACCAAAUGAACUUCGCUCAGCUAACAGGAAGCCUUGAGGAUGGCCGAGGGGGCAACAAAAAGAAGGGCAUAAAGUCCUCUAUUGGCCGUCUCUUUGGCAAGAAGGAAAAAGCACGUUUAGAUCAGCCUUUGAGCAAGGACGGCCAGGUGACGCCACCUGUCAUUCCAGAUUUCGAGAUGGUCAUUGGAGAUACCAUGACCUUGAGCAAACUGGGCACACAAGCAGAGCGAGACCGCAGGAUGAAGAAAAAACAUGAACUGCUGGAGGAUGCUAGGAGGAAAGGGCUUCCUUUUGCUCAGUGGGAUGGCCCAACUGUGGUCUCCUGGCUCGAGCUGUGGUUGGGCAUGCCAGCUUGGUACGUGGCGGCGUGUCGUGCCAACGUGAAGAGCGGCGCCAUCAUGUCAGCACUAUCAGACACGGAGAUUCAGAGAGAGAUCGGCAUCAGUAACCCACUGCAUCGGUUGAAGCUGAGGCUAGCCAUUCAAGAAAUGGUGUCACUGACGAGUCCGUCAGCUCCCCUCACCUCACACACUUCUUCCGGAAAUGUGUGGGUGACCCACGAGGAGAUGGAAAACAUGGCAUCCUCGACCAAAAUGGAGAAUGAUGAAGGAAGCUGGGCUCAGACACUAGCAUAUGGUGACAUGAACCAUGAGUGGAUUGGGAACGAGUGGCUGCCCAGUCUCGGCCUGCCUCAGUACCGCAGCUACUUCAUGGAGUGCUUAGUGGAUGCUCGUAUGCUGGACCACCUAACUAAGAAAGACCUGCGGACACAUCUCAAGAUGGUGGACAGCUUCCACCGGGCUAGUUUGCAUUAUGGCAUCAUGUGCUUAAAAAGGCUGAACUAUGACAGGAAGGAGCUGGAGCGAAGAAGAGAGGAUUUUCAACAUGACAUCAAAGAUACCCUGGUGUGGACCAAUGAUCACGUGAUGCAGUGGGUUCAGAAUAUCGGUCUGAAAGAGUACAGUAAUAACCUGCUGGAAAGCAGUGUACAUGGAGCUCUCAUUGCCUUGGAUGAGACGUUUGACUUCAGCAGCUUGGCCCUCAUUCUACAGAUCCCCAUGCAGAACACUCAGGCCAGGCAGAUUCUGGAGAGGGAAUUUAAUAACCUCUUAGCAUUGGGAACGGAUCGACGCCUGGAAGAGAGUGACGACAAGUCAUUCCGAAGGUCUCCAUCGUGGCGUAAGCGCUUCAGGCCGAGGGACGGCCAGGGCCUGGGUAUGAUGCCAGGGUCCUUAGAGACUCUUCCCGCUGGCUUCCACCUCAACACCAUGUCCAUUCCCCCCUCUAUGGCUGUACCCAAGAAACAGCUGCAACCAGAAGCAGCCGGUCCCCCGGCCCCGCAGAGACUAGACCCCUCAGCUGUCAGGACUUACUCCUGCUAACUUGCUUUUACUAAUCACUGCACUCACACUAACAGUGCAUUCCCACUACCUGUACGGACAUAUGCUUGCGACCUAUCGAGAAUGAAAUGUGCCAAAAUCUGGGGACACGUUGAAAGGAUGAGGGAAGGGUUAACCUUCCCCUGUCCUGAACAACAACAGAGCUUUCUUGGACACCGUGCAAUAGAGGGGGACAGAAAGAUGAACUCUGAGCGCAUGGAACACAUAGCAGCCGUUAAGGAGAAAUCUCAUCAUAUCAGUCGUUUCCCAGUAAUCCCGGUUAUAUAGUCUUCGUGGUGGUCGUACUUAACUGGUGUACUUGGCCCUGUAGUCUGUCAGUGCUAGUCUGCUCUUUUGGGUGUGCCAUUGGCAUUUUACUGUAUAAGGCUUUCUCCCCUUUGGUUAUGCAAGAUAUUAAUCAACUUCUCUGUAUAUAUGAAAAACAGAAAAUUAUGCUAUUAUGUUUUUUAUGGAAAUAUAUAUCAGACUUGUAUAUGGAGAUGAAUAUAUCAUGAAUUUUAAAGUCUCAGUUGUGACUGUUUCCUGUCGGUUAGACAGCUCCGUCUACUAGAAUGGUGUUGUAAUCAAUGUCUUACACCAGUGAAGACGGGAGAAAUGUGUGUUUGUGUUCACAUCAGCAGUGCUUAUCUACAUAAUUCACUUCCAGGACUUUAAGAUCGUAUAAAGCCAUGAUGCUAAAUACUGUCGAGCAUCAGGGAAAGCAAUAGACUUCAGUUCACUUAGCAUCAGGAGA